AUGUUGAAAGCAUUCGCAGCUCUCGCAGCUGUUGUGGCUGGUGUCACUGCGCAUGGUGAUCACGAUAAAGAUCAAGCGCCCAUCGAAGGCCCGCAUAACGGCCUGUGGUACAACACUCUGCCUGGCGAUGGCGGCACUCAAGCCGACUCCGUUUUCUCCGGCAUCUCGACCUUUGGCCGCAUAACGUACCAUCCAUGCCUCGCUAGCGACGCCGUCAAGUACGACAUUGCCUUCAUCGGCGCUCCCUUCGACACGGGCACUUCGUACCGUCCCGGCGCCCGCUUCGGGCCCAGCGGCAUUAGACAAGGUUCUCGCCGCCUGAAUCUCUACGGUGGCUACAACGUCCCUCUGGCCGCCAACCCGUUCAACAGCUGGGCUACGGUGAUCGAUUGCGGUGAUAUUCCCGUGACUUCGUACGACAAUGCCUACGCAAUCAAGCAGAUCGAGGAGGGCCACAACAGCAUCCUGUCCCGCGCGCCCAAGACCGAUGCCAGCAAAAAAGGCCCUUCCAAGAAGGGCAAGACGCUCCCGCGCGUCAUCACCCUCGGCGGCGACCACACCAUCACCCUGCCACUACUGCGAAGCAUCAACCGGGAGUACGGACCUGUGAGCGUGAUCCACUUUGACAGCCAUCUCGAUACCUGGAAGCCCAAGGUGUUCGGCGGCGCGCCCAGCCACCAAGCCUCGAUCAACCACGGGACGUACUUCUACCACGCGAGCCAAGAGGGCCUGCUGGCCAACGACUCGAACAUCCACGCCGGCAUCCGCACGACGCUGUCGGGCCUCUCGGACUAUGAGAAUGACGGGUACUGCGGCUUCGAGAUUGUCGAGGCCCGCGAGAUCGACACGAUUGGCAUGCACGGCAUCAUCAAGAAGAUCAAGGAUAGGGUCGGGACGGAGAAGCCGGUGUAUUUGAGCAUUGAUAUCGAUACGCUGGAUCCGGCUUUCGCUCCCGCAACCGGCACCCCUGAGACCGGCGGCUGGUCAACCCGCGAGCUACGCACCAUCAUGCGCGGCCUGGAAGGCGUGAACCUGAUUGCAGCCGACAUCGUCGAGGUCGCGCCUGCGUACGACACCAACGCCGAGCACACCACCAUGGCGGCCGCGGACAUCCUGUACGAGGUCAUGACGCUGAUGGUCAAGAAGGGGCCGUUGAGUGGUAUGGUUGCUGGCAAGGAGGAGGCAGAGGAGUUGUAA